AUGUUUAUUGACGUGGUCCAGAGACAAUGGGCUUCUCCUGGAUUGGCCCCAAUCCUUCCUUCUCUAAAAGGAGAUUCUACAAUGUGGGCCCAGAGCUCACUAGGGUGCUCCAGAUCCCGGCAGUGGAUGCACCUGUGGCUGCUCUGCAAUCCUCUUCUGCCAUACCUGGCGAUCCCGAGGAGUCCCUGAAGGAAGAGGAUAAAAGAGUGGAGCAAAUGCUCCAAAUGACCCAUCAGGCUACAGCCUGGGCGGUCAAAGCUUCUACGGCCACCUCAUUUUUCAACCGGGCCUCAUUAAUUUGGCUUCGCCAGCUGCAGGGGAGGAUCCCGGCAGGCGAUGUGAAAAGGCACCAGGACAUUAAUAAACUUGUGGCUGUAGCAGAGUUCUCUGCAGAUGCCACACUUAACGCAGCCAAGUUUGCCUCCAGAGCCAGGGGGUCGGGUCCUCCAUAACAGCGCCUCCAGAGCCAGGGGGUCGGGUCCUCCAUAACAGCGCACAGACUGCUCUGGCUUUGUCAAUGGCAGGCAGACUCUCAUCAUAAGUGGAGGCUAGCCUUGGCCCUUUCACAGGGAAUAAGCUCUGGAUACCAUCUUAGUAGAGUUGAGAGACAAAAGGAAUAUCAUGCCAUCCUGCUCUAGAUGAGGCAAAUUUUACUGUACAUCGUAUGUUCGCCACUCAUCCUUUUGGACGACGGACUCAGGGGCAGGGAUUCCACAUUGCCAGAGGCCCUACAUCCCCAGGCAAGAGCAGCACCAGGACUGGUCAGAUAGAAACAGGCAAUUUCAGAGCAAGUGGCCCUUUCGAGGGGGGAGGAAGUUGUUCAUUUAGAUGCUCAAAAUGACUGAAACGAUAACCCUCCCAUUGGGGGCCAUCUGGCUAUAUUUGCCAGGUAUUGGGAAGAUAUUAUCACAGAUACCUGGGUCCUGGAGACGGUUCGGUCGGGCCUCUCCCUAGAAUUCCUCUCCACAUUCUGAGGUUUUUCAUUCGUUGUCCCAUUUCAAGGGACAAGUUGAAGAGGGUCCUCAUGGAAACCGCAAUUCAACAUCUGUUGGACAUUCCCACAAUCCAGCCAGUUCCAGGGAACCAACAGGGGAUGGGCUUCUAUUCCAUCCUCUUUGUAAUCCCAAAGGCCUUGGGGGGUGAAGGUCAAUUCUGGACCUGAAACAUCUGAACCACGUACUAAUCUACAGGAGGUUCAAGAUGCAGUCACUACAGUCCACUACAGUCUGGAAUGCGUCAGAGAGGGUGACUUCCUCACCUCAAUAGACUUGACAGAAGCCUAUCUGCAUGUCUCCAUUUUACCAGCGCAUAGACAAUAUCGCCACUUUCAUUACGCUGGCUGACACUUCCAGUACAGGCCCUUGCCUUUUGGCCUAUCGGCGCCAAGGAUGUCCACGAAUUCGUUAGCUAUGUUAGUGGCACAUCUCCGGGCUCUUCCUGGAGCCCGGAGAUGUGCGUGUCCAGUGCUACCUGGACAAUAUCCUGAUACAGUCCUCCUCUGGCCCCCAGGUGAGAGGAGAGGACCUGAGGAUCACCAUCCAGGUGCUCUAGUACCACGGGUUUUCCAUAAAUGCAAGCAAGUCAAACCAUUUGCUCCAUUUAGGAGCAGUAAUAGACACUCUAGCAUGCAAGGUCUACCUCUCCCAGGAUCGCCAGACGAAUCUAAAGGAAUUAGUAAGUCGUUUCAGAAGAAAGCGUACAGUUCCCCUGGCCUUUCUCUUGCAGCUCCUGGGCAAGAUGGUUUCCUGUAUUUCCGUCAUUCCUUGGGCCCGCCUGGACGCCAGGACCUUCAGUGGUUUCUCCUGCCUUAUCAAAGGACAGGCAGAAGCAAUUCACCAUCCAAGGAGCUGACGGAGUGCUUUGAACGGCCAGCCGUGGACCUCUUCGCCACUCAGGACAACAUUCAACUAUCCAGAUUCUUCACAAGCUCUUUCAGAUUUGAGUCUUUUGAAUCAUACGACUCUAGAGCCGCAGUUCCUGACCGUGAUCUGUACCGAACCAGCUAUGAUUAUAAUGAAGUUGGAUUAGAUCGGAAUGAUACUUUUGGAAGUCACUAUGAUGGUCCUGGUAACCACAGAGAUCAACCUGGUAACAGAGGAAACAACUAUGGUUUUGUUAGAGGGAGGGUCCAAAAUCGAGGUCGUCCAAACACUUUCAAUCGUGACCACUUCAUGCCCUCAAGUACAGAACGGCUGUCUACACACUGGAAUGAAAUGAAUUACAUGGGCGGGAGGAAUAUGGGAGGACCUGGACCCAACAGGCUUCCAUCACUCUUUUCUCGAGCACUUGUCCCUGAGUAUAGGGAUUAUGGUGAUUAUGGAGACUAUGGAGACUAUGGAGAGUAUGGCAACUAUGGGGAUUAUGAUUAUGGCAUGAUGGGAAUGCAAGGAAUGGGAAGGAUUCCUGGGAACAUGCCCUAUGGAUUCGGCAGAACACGUGGCAGACCCAAGAGGAGAGCUUUUCGUGGUCGUCUGGGUGGGCGUUCAGAUAAUGAAGGCGGGUUAUACAAGCGGAAACAACCCCAAAGUGGAGAGGAACCUGACAGCAAGCAGGCAAAGACAGAAAGUGAAAGAGAUGACUCUGACAAUGAUGAUGGUGAAGAAGACAAGUCAGCAGAAGGAGAUAAAGCAACUGGUGAUGGCGGUGAUGAUGAUGAAGAGGCAAAACAAAGAAAAGAGAAACAGAGGCAAAGGGAUAGAAUGCGUGACCGUGCAAUGGACAGAAUUCAGUUUGCCUGCUCCAUCUGUAAAUUCCGAACUUUUGAGAAUGAAGAAAUGGAGAAACAUUUGCAAAGCAAAUUUCAUAAAGAAGUCUUGCGAUACAUUGGAACCAAAUUACCUGAUAAAACAGUGGAAUUCCUGCAGAAAUACAUUGUGAACAGAAACAAGAAAAUUGGGAAGCGCCGACAAGAGCUGAGUGAGAAAGAGGGUACUAAACUAAAACCUGACCCAUUUAAAGGAAUUGGCCAGGAGCACUUUUUUAAGAAGAUAGAAGCUGCUCACUGUAUGGCUUGUGAUAUGCUAAUUCCUGCACAACCACAUCUUCUUCAGAGGCAUCUGAGAUCUGUUGAUCACAAUAGGAAUCGCAGAACGAUUGCUGAACAUUUCAAGAAGGCUAGUUUUCAUGUUGCUAAAAGUGUCCUAAAUAGCAAGCACAUUGUGAAAAUGCUAGAAAAGUACCUCAAGGGUGAUGAUCCAUUUACUGAUGAAAGUAUUGACCAAGAUGUUGAAGAAUCUGAAGUUUUAGAAGGUGCUGAAGGUGAAAAGGAAAGUGCUACAGUAGAGAAAAGGGAGAAUACUGGGGAGGUGCUCGAAACCAGUGAAGUCAGUGAAUCUAGUAAACCAGAAGAGGAUGAAGCACCUUGCCCUGCUACAGGUUUUUCAAAAGAAGAAACUGACGUGAAGGAAGAACAGGCAGAAGAGAGAGCAGGCAUAUCAGAAACAACAGAAGUACCUCCUCAAGAAAACCUUGAUGAGAAAGCCAAAGAGGUCCAAGUGGAAAAGCAGCAGUUUGUGGAGGAAGGGAAGGAAAACGCCCCUGAAAUAAUAACAGCUGAAAGCAGCAGUAUUGAGGAGGAUCCUGUGGGGCUAACAAAUACAGAGCUGUCUCAGGAAUAACCAAUUGGAUGAUUGUGUGGAGGUGUUUUUCCUGCUUUGCUAUAUAAUCUUUUCAGUACUUCCUCUUCAUAAUCUUUUGAUGUAUAUUCCUGAAUUGUUGCCAGCUUUGUUUUUAUCUGAAGCAAAGGAUUCAUCUUUCUGUAUGGGAAACAGUCUCGUACUGUAGUGUGAAUAAGAUAGAAAUUGGCAAGCUGGUCAGGUUCCUUAGCUGUAAAUCGAUACCUUCCUGCAUUUAGAACAAAUAGAAAUAAAUAAAUGUGUUGGUAUUGAAAUCCUUUUGGCUUUCACUUUCCGGUGCAAAAAGGAAAUAUGGCUUCAUUUUGAAAACAGAAUUAACCUUCUUAUUAGGGAGGGUGUAGGUGUUAAAUGUCUUUAUUUUUCCCUCCUGUAAAGUUGAUUAUUCAUUUAACUUUCUGGAAAAAGAACUUGCUGCCAUAACGACUGUUAAUGUCAUUUAUCCAGUUUGCAGUAUUGCAUGAAAAAUCUAUAAUUAUAUACAAAAUGUUAAGCCCAAACUUACUGUAUAUCACAUUUGAGUUGUCGUUUAUGCUGUGCAUUAUUUCAGAAGUUGUACAGGGAAUGAUAAACUGGUGCUUCUUCAUUAUGAUAGAGAAGCAUACACGAGGAGGAAUGUUAUAGCAACACUGCAGUCUCACUUCCCUCUUUGUCUCCCAAAAACUGUCAGAGAGGUAUUAUUCAGAGAGUAGAUUGCCAAAAACUGCUCUAGGCCAGGAAUAAUGAAGCAAUAUCAAGGGCAGUAAAACAUAGAUAAAUUGUUAUGAUUGAUGCUUGUAGCAUAGCAUUUGAAAGUAGAAUGAACACUCUUCUUUUGUUGAAUUAGCAAUUAAAUAAACUUCCAACAUGGCACAUUACUGUCUGGUGUUAGUUUAAUUGGCUGCAAAACAGGCACUGAAAACAUAAUUUAUUCAAGCUAAAAGGAUUGACUGUUGUAGUUCAGGGUGCAGAUUUCUUAUUUCAAAAUGACAGAGCUAUUAGAUAAAAAAAACAAACUUUUCUGAUAGUGUAUAAAUAUUAAUUCCAGGUCAAAUUUUUGUAUCAAUUAUAUAAGAUAAUAGCACUUUCAACUUUUUAUGAGAAAAAAACAUAGACAAAAAUAUUCUCUAACAAUAUUGUUUUAUGUUUUUUUUCUGCAUAUAAAUGAUUUUAAAUGCAUUGCAUAUGCUCCCAAAUGUUGAUCGUACCUAAAUCACAUGUUCUUAAAUUAUUUCUAAGAAUUUUUCUUUUGUCAGUAGUUGUAUAUUCAAAAUGGGCAUAGGAAUCUUUAUAUUCUAUCUAGUUGCUAUAAAAAAAUGUAGAUGUUUGCUAAGAUCAUAUUAUAAAGCUCCACAAAAGUGCCCUAUUUUGAAGUUUUAUUUAUUUUAUUUAAUAUAUUUAUAUUCCGUCCAUGUCCCUGAUUAGAAACCCAACUAUGCAUAAAACAAGAACCAAGGAUGGUAUGGGAAUGAGGUCUUACCUAGUUAUCGAAUGUGUGACUACCUAUUUUAGUAAAUGCACUGGUUUCCAUUCACAACAGCUUGUAAAGCAGUCUAUUUGGCUUCCAUCAACGUUUGUUAGUAAAAUCAUUCAGAACUGUUGAUAGCCUGGAAUUAAAAUACCUACUGUUGGCCAUAAACA